AUGGUGCUCAGCAACCUAAUCCAGGCAAGAGAAAUCAAAAACCCUAGCAAGGAUAAUGUGGCAACGUGGCAUCCAAAGGACAUUGAGCCAUUUGUGGGACCCAAAUUUGUGGGACCAGGGAAGCUUCCCUCUGGAUGGAAGUUUUCUUCAAGGUUCCGGCUGCCAGGCUAUGUUCCGGAGAAUUCUUUUAGUAUGGGCUUUGAUCCAUCUGUAGUUGAGCUACUGGCAAGGAAAAACCUGAAGAUCAUGAAUAGGAAAAUGCUUUCUCUUGCUCUCUUGUUCUUCCAGGUGCUCAGCCUUGCAUGCCAGUUAGUGUGGUCCCAAAGAUGUGAAAAAAUGAGGAUCAUGGUACCAGCCUACUUCGAUCCUACUUCAAAUUCCCAGGCAUGGUCUUCUCUCAAUUCUGCUGCCACCACGCUACCAAACCGGAUCGUAGCAAUCGCAAAUCCGUCCAAUGGUCCAGGCUCUGCAGCUCAAUCAAGCUACCAGAAUGUUAUUACGGCCCUCCAGCGCCAAACAGGCCUGGUUAUCGGCUAUGUCUCGACUAAUUACAGCAACAGAGCUUCCAAUUUGGUCCAAGACGACGUCGAUACGUGGUACCGCUUCUAUCCAACUAUCAAUGGAAUUUUCUUCGACGAAGUUGCCAACACAGACGGGAAGCAGCCUUACUAUCAAAGCCUCUACAACUACGUGAAGUCCAAGAAUUCGAGCUCUCUAGUGGUUAAUAAUCCCGGAGCUCCAACCCUGGAGACAUACCUCUUCUAUAAUGGUUCUCGGGUAGCCGAUGUGAUUUGUAUUUUUGAGAGCGGUGUUGGUGGGCUGUCUAUGACUCAGAGUUCCUGGACGAGCAAGUAUUCGAGGUAUAACUUUUAUGCCCUGUUCUACAAUGUCACGGAUGUGAAUGUGUCAAGCUUUGACUAUGGAGAUGUUAUUGAUCGUGCGUACCAGCAGAAUGUGGGCUGGGUUUAUGUGACCAAUGAUAGUCUUCCAAAUCCGUGGGACACCAUAGCCAGCUACUUCUCUGGAGAGGUGGACUAUAUUAAAAAUGAUAAUCAGUGCUAA